UGAGCUUGUUUUCUCAAAACCUCUGUGCCACAGGUGCACCUUUCACGCUCCUUUCACGCUCCUAUGCAAAAUGGUUGGCUUACUUUGCCAUCCUAGUGCCGAUUUUCCCCAUUUGUGCACUGGGUGUAAAUUACUAAACGAAACAUCAAAGAACAAACCGCUCUGACCCUCGGAGCAUCUUGUGAAAGGCAUAUUGACAAAACAUUGAUGUUUAAUCGCCAAAAACGACAUAACGUCCAUCCUGAACUGUCGAGGCCAUAAACGGUCAAUAAUUUCAAGAGCAUUAAUCAUCGUCUGGUGUGAUAAACCCCAUGACUCAAGCGUGUGCAAUGUAAUGACAACAGAACAUGUGGGCCUUGAUUUGUUUUGGUCAGUCACUGCCAGUUUGUGCCCUGGGGCGGUUGUCACUGUGCUGUGAUUAAUAUUGCGUCCAGCGCUGUCAGUCUGGUGUGACUUUGGAAGGAAGACGCUAGCAGCACGUGUCCUUUUUAACACGCGCAGUCACGGCCAAGUGCUGUAUUUCAUACCCACAGCCUUCUGAAGACUGUCAAUCAUCCUUUGUGAUGAAGCAGUGGUGCUCUGACCUUGAAAUUGAAGCAUAAACAGCAGAUAUUCCAAAAUAUGAUCCCACGAGUGCACCCUCUCACCUCUUUUUCUGGAAAGCAAACAUUGUAGAUAGCAUCUACUGGACUUGAAGAUACUGUAAAUGUUGGAAAGACUGACCGCUUACAGGAACAAAAGACAAAAAUAAUAUAUAAUUCAUACAGCUGUGGCACAAAAAAAAUGGAGUUUAGACUAUGUAUGCCAGUGAUCAGAUGCUAGAAGUCAAACUAACUUUUCCAACAAAGUAAUGUAAAGUAAAAGUUGACUUUUCAUACUACGACAAACCAACCAUUGUUUAACCUUGAAACCAAUGGAAACCAACAGGCACUAUCAACAAUGGUAUGAAUCAACCAAAUGAAGUUGCUACCUCAAAGCCAAAUAUACCCCAGCAAGAGGACACUUGUAUUGAAGGAAACAAAAACAGACUUACUGUUGACGUUAGUGCACUGGUGGCAAACCAUCUGUCACUUCAAAAGUUAAAUGAAACUAUUGCAGCAUUGCAGGGAGUCUAGAAUAUUGCCAGGUUGAAAUUGUUGAAGUUUAAACGGUUUGGACCUUCUAUGUACCAGCAACAACCUGAAGCUCACUGAACAUUUCAGAAGGUGCAAAAAAAUUCAAAGCUCAAAAUGAACAAUCCUCUCAAGACCUGACACAAAAACACUGAGUGAUUCUGUAAUAAUACAUACAGUGCAUUUACAUUUAAAUGAAUGCAAUCCACAUUGUUGCAGCUGAAGUUCCUUUACACAUAAUUACAAGAAACAUUAACACAAAACACAAAAACAGUUCCUUUUUGCAUAAAUACUGGCCAAACAAACACAGAUGAGGAACACAACAUAGUCCACUCCAGAAGAGCUACUAGUCAGCUGGUAUCUUCACAACAUUUAAACUAUCUAAAAGAAUAAAGUGUACAACUCAUAAAAUGCAAGGAGAAGAUGGAAAAACCACUGAUAGCAUCUACGAAAAUGUUGACAUUAUAAGAACAAAAUUGCGAAGAGAGACCACCGACUCUACCAAAAUGAGACCCCAGUCAUCUGAACUCACAGGAAGAGAUUCUGAGAAGAUCAGAGGAUACAGAGCAGCUACAUUGUGUUUGGUGCUGUUGUGUGUUCUUCUGCUGACUGCAGUCAUAGUGCUACUAAUCAAGAUCACCAACCUCACAGAAGAGACACACCAGCUACUAACCAACAAUACCCACCUAAUUCAACUAAACAAACAGUUAGACGAACUGAAAAAUGAGCUGUGGAACUUUACCCAAAAUGGAUGGAUUUACUAUAAGUUUAGUUUUUACUAUGUGUCCACUGAGAUGAAGAACUGGACUGAGAGCAGAAUCAACUGUACGGAGAGAGGAGCAGAUCUGCUGAUGAUAAACAGCACAGAAGAACAAGAGUUUAUGAAAAAAAUAGCAUGUUCCAAUAAUGUCUGGAUUGGUCUGACUGACGCUGAUGAAGAGGGCAUAUGGAAAUGGGUUGAUGGCAGCACACUGACCUCUGGGUUCUGGAGUGUUGGACAACCCAAUGGAAGAAGAAUACAGAACUGUGUUGUGUCUUCUUCAAUAUCGUGGGCUGAUACUCAGUGUAAUUACACUUAUAAAUGGAUCUGUGAGAAGAAUAUUUUACCUGUCGUACUGCCCUAGGAACACACACUUUUUGCUUUUGACCACAAUUUUAACAUUGCAAAAAUGUCAUUACUGAUAAUAAUCUAAAUUCAUGUUUUAAAUGUAAAUGCAUUUAAGUGUAAAU